CCCAGUGUGUCUACAUUACAUCGCACCCCACUUUCUAUAUGUAUAUAAACUAUAUUUUUGUGCUGGAUACGGGACAUUUAUUUUGAUACCUUGCCUGCGCUGAGCCGUUUUGAAAACCGAAAGUAAUCAUCUUAUUGUUGCUUAUUGUUGCUAGCUUCACGGAACUCCUUCGACAGCUCUGAUAUAUAGAGCUCAGCAUUACUUACCACAAGGGCAGGAGUAGCCCAUACAUAAUGUUUGCUGGUCGUCUUCGAUUUGAAAGGCAACUCUGACACACCUUAUUCCCUCAGUGUACACAUAGACUUGCAUGGUAGGAGACAAAGAAACAGUCGGGCUAAACGCUAGCAUACAUUUAGUAUUUCCACUACCCUCGUCAAGCUGGUCAGAAUUCACCGGAUCCGAAAACAAUAUACGUUUGAUUUCGAUUUAUGGAUUUUACCGAUCGGGAGAAUUUGGCUAGGCAAAACUGUCAGUCUAAACUGGUAUUGCUUUGUCACUGCCGGCGGCUUUGCCAAGAAGACUCCUCAUAAAGAAAAAAAAACAAUGGACUGCUUCGUGAGAUGGGCAGCAGUGUGGAGUAGUGGUUAGGGCUCUGGACUCUUGACCAGAGGGUCGUGGGUUCAAUCCUAAGUGGGGGACACUGCUGCUGUACCCUUGAACAAGGUUCUUGAGGAAAAGGAAAAAAGUGCUCCUGUUUUCCCCAGUGCUUGUCUUGGUGGCUUUGUAUGGACCCUUAUCUGUCAGGUAUAUUGAGGGCCUGAUUCCCAUGGAAAAGUGCCAGUUACCUCCUGGCUCUCAGCUCAGGCCUGGGAACCAUGUGGACAACUCCCUGGAUCUCUGGUCCAGGACUGAUGUGCAAACGUGCACUUACUGGAGGGCGCCAGUCAUAUGGGAUGGAAUGUUCAACCCACAGCACUAUGAUGAAGUUUAUAGGAGGCAGAACGUCACUGUUGCUCUCACAGUGUUUGCUGUUGGAAGGUACCUGGACAUCUACCUUGAGAAGUUCCUCUCCUCAGCUGAGCAGCACUUCAUGGUGGGUCAAAGGGUCAUCUACUACGUGUUCACAGACGACCCUGACAGGGUUCCGCAGGUCAAGCUGUCGGCCGGCCGGAGUGUGACAGUCAUCACGGUCCUCCGGCACAGCCGCUGGCAGGACGUCUCCAUGCUGCGCAUGAAGACCAUCGCAGACACCAUCGACUCCCUCAUCCGCCACCAGGCCCAGUACGUUUUCUGCCUGGAUGUGGACCAGGAGUUUGUGGGCCGCUUUGGCACAGAGGCUCUGGGUGACUUGGUCGCUCUGUUCCACUCCUACUAUUACCACAGGCCCAACUUCUUCUACCCGUUGGACCAUAACCCCAAGUCUGCGGCUUAUGUAGAGCAAGGAGACAUGUAUUAUCACGCGGCCGUCUUUGGGGGCACGUGGCAGCAGGUGAAGACCCUGACGCAGAGCUGCUACUUGGCCAUCAUGCAGGACAAGAACAACCAGGUGGAGGCACUGUGGCACGACGAGAGCCAUCUCAACAAGUACUUCUGGCUCCACAAGCCCACCAAGGUCCUCUCCCCUGAGUACUGCUGGGCCUCUGCCAUUGGCUACCGUAGCGACAUCCACGUGGUGCGCCUGGUUUGGGCUGAGAAGCAGUACAGCUUUGUUAGGCAGUAGCUACAGAGUGGGACUGGGAGGAAGGCUGGACCUUGUUAUAUCCACUGGAGUUGGGGAUUCCUGGACUAUACAACUCAGGGACUGAAAGCAGAGUGAAUGUAUUUAGUUUCUUUGUAUUUCUUAAUUUAGCCCUAUUGAGUGUUUUGUAUGGAUGAUUUUCAGUUUAUGAAGAGAUUAUAUUGUUUGAUCACUGAAAUGAUCUAGUUCAUGCUUUGAACAUAAAAUAAAAAUGAAUUGUGUUCCUCGUUUUUAUGAA